AUGACCUCACAAUACGACAUCCCCGAUCCGAAUACCGGUCUAUAUCACCACCAGAGUCAACAACCGGAGCCCUUCCAGAGCCAGUCUCAGAGCCAGUCUCAGCCCUUCGAGCCCUUCGAGUCCUUUGACGACGACAACGUCGACCCUCAGUUCAAGGACACUGCCUCUCAGGCUAUAUACGAGUCCUCAUUGCUCAGCCAAACCACCAACACGAAUUCCGCUGCUGUCAACAAGGGCACACGUGCACCACCGGUGCUAUGGACGAAAGCCAUGGAGCUGCAUUUGAUGAACGAAUGGAAGCGGAGGAUUGAGAUAAACGAGCACACCGACCAAAACCUCAAGCCUGCUGGUAGAGCUCAUUUGGUCAAGCAGCUCCCGGCUAUGGCCAAGGACCGCGGCAUGCCCGGGGCAUCAGUCUCGUUUGAACAUCUCCUCGCCUUUGUGACAUUACCACAACGGUCGUGA